CCCUGUUGACUCACUUCCUUUCUUUCCCUCAGUGGGGCCUUGGAGAAGCAGAAGCCCUUGAGGGCGAGGCUGAGGGCUGGAACUGGGGCGUGCAAGGGAUGGGACAGGGUUGGGGGUGACCCAGGGUCCCUGCCUCCAAGCCUGGAUGCCCUUGCUCUAAAAGCUAUAGAUCCUCUUCUGCCUAGGCGCCUUCCGCUGGGCGGGGAUGUGUGUGGACACACGGGUAGCCCGGGCACCAUGGAGGCCGAGAAAAUCUACAUGAACCAGAAGCUCAAAAUGCAAGCGGCGCUCCCCAGAGCCAAGAAACAGGUGGCGCCAGCCAGUGAUGAAGGUGACCAUGACCCUGACUACGAGAACAUCACCUUGACCCGCAGAAACCACGACCAGCCCAGGAGCGGGGAUGCACCGUCAGCCACGAGUCAAGGCGCAGCCCAGCCCAGGCCACCCUCGGACACCGCCCAGGUCCCCCAGUGGCUGUACAAAGCCAUCAUGAGCCUGUACAUCCUCCUUGCGCUGGCCUUCCUCCUCUGCAUCAUCCUCUCAGCCUUGGUCCUGGUGAAGUAUUCUGAGAUGUCCGAGGAGCUGAAGGAUUUGAGAACGCAGCUUUGGAAUGUCUCCAGCUGGACGCAACGGUGCCAGGAGCAGCAGCAGACCGGCUGGAGCAACGUGGAGCGCCUCCUUCACGAGGUUGCAAACAGCAUUCAGGGCGUGGCAAACAAAGUGCAGGCCGGCACUGAGAAGCUGAAGACAGAAAUAACCCAGAUCAACAAAAACAUACAGAAAAUCUUCGAAAAGCUGGAGAAAAAAGAAAACCCAUAGCCCUGGCUUCAACAAGCGAGAAGACAUUACCACCACAGCUUGGAGGACGGGGAGGCACCUGCCAGGGAAGACGGAAAACGGCCCCGCUCCCAGUCGGUGUGACCCUGUCCCUCCUCCACCUAGAGAAUGCUGUGCUGGGAGCCCUGUGGUUAAGACCCCCACAUCCCAUAUCAGGGUUCUGGGCUCCAUACCAGACUCCAGCUUCCUGUCCAUGUACACCCUGGGAGGCAGCUCAAAGGGCUGGGUUCCUGCUGCCCAUGUCGGGGACCUGGCUAGGGUUCCCGGUUCUGUCCCCAACUUCUGAGGGCAUUUGGGGAGUGAACCAGCAGGUGAGACCUCUUGUUUGUCUGUCUCUCCUUUCUCUGUUUCUCUGCCUCUCGAAUAAAGAGCAAUAAGAAAA